AGUGAGCGGCGGAGACAGCGCCCAACCCGCUCCAGCCUGGAGCAGGAGCACCAGCGUGGCCUGUGGACCAGGCCCCUCACAGGCAACCACGGAGAAACCAGACUGGGCGACAUCUAGGAAAACGGAGGAAAGGAUCGGCGAACCGCUCCUCCAAUGGGAAGGGCUGUAUUUGCGGACCAAUAGGGCGCCGAGAAUGACACGCGUCCGCGGGCCUGCCAAGCCAAUCGGCUAGAAGCAGCGAGCGGCGGGCGGGGCUGGGGGGCCGCAGCCCAGUGGAGCAGCGCGGCAUGGCGGGCGGGGCCCGGGAGGUGCUCACGCUGCAGUUGGGACAUUUUGCCGGUUUCGUGGGCGCGCACUGGUGGAACCAGCAGGAUGCUGCCCUGGGCCGAGCGACAGAUGCUAAGGAGCCGCCGGGAGAGCUGUGCCCCGACGUCCUGUAUCGUACGGGCCGGACGCUGCACGGCCAGAAGACCUACACGCCGCGACUCAUCCUCAUGGAUCUGAAGGGUAGUUUGAGCUCCCUAAAAGAGGAAGGUGGACUCUACAAGGACAAACAGCUGGAUGCUACAAUAGCAUGGCAGGGGAAGCUUACCACACACACAGAGGAACUCGAUCCUUAUCUCCAGGACUUUCUGAGUGCAGAGGGAGUGCUGUGUAGUGAUGGUGUUUGGAGGGUCAAAUCCAUUCCCAAUGACAAAGGUCCCCCACCACUCACCACGUCUACAACUCCAACACCACUUAUCCCUACAGAGGGCAGCAUCAGGGUUUGGUCAGACUUCCUCAGAGUCCAUCUCCAUCCCCGGAGCAUCUGUAUGAUUCAGAAGUACAAUCACGAUGGGGAAGCAGGUCGGCUGGAGGCUUUUGGCCAAGGGGAAAGUGUCCUAAAGGAACCCAAGUACCAGGAAGAGCUGGAGGACAGGCUGCACUUCUACGUGGAGGAAUGUGACCACCUGCAGGCCACUCUGCCCUUCCACUGCAGUGCCAUCCUGGCUACAGCCCUGGACACAUUCACUGCUCCUUAUCGCCUGUGCUCCUCCCCAGUUUCCAUGGUUCAGCUGGCUGACAUGCUGAGCUUCUGUGGGAAAAAGGUGGUGACAGCAGGAGCAACCAUCCCUUUCCCCUUGGCUCCAGGCCAGUCCCUUCCUGACUCCCUGAUGCAGCUUGGAGGAGCCACCCCAUGGACCCCGCUGUCUGCAUGUGGUGACCUUUCUGGAACACGUUGCUUUGCCCAGUCAGUGGUGCUGAGGGGUAUAGACAGAGCCUGCCACACAAGUCAGCUCACCCCAGGGACUCCUCCACCCUCCUCCCUGCAGGCGUGUACCACUGGGGAGGAAGUGUUGGCCCAGUAUUUACAGCAGCAGCAGCCUAGAGUCAUGAGUUCUUCCCAUCUGCUGCUGACUCCCUGCAGGGUGGUUCCUCCUUACCCCCACCUCUUCUCAAGCUGCAGUCCGCCGGGUAUGGUUCCGGAUGGUUCCCUGAAGGGAGCGGCAGUGGAGAGCAUCCCAGUGUUUGGGGCACUGUGUUCCUCUUCGUCCCUGCACCGGACUCUGGAAGCCUUGGCCGGAGACCUCACCAAACUCGACGUGCGGCGCUGGGCCAGCUUCAUGGAUGCUGGAGUGGAGCACGAUGACGUAGCAGAGCGGCUGCAGGAGCUGCGAAGCCUGGCCCAGUGCUACCAGGACGGUGACUGACAGCCUCGUGGGCUCAAGUUCCCAGUGUGGGGGAGGCGCUAGCUUGCAAUAACAACGGCUGGAUGCAGGUGUCUUCGUGCAGAGGAGCUGUGUCGCAAGACUAGCUACACCAACAUACGUACUUAUUACAUUUAGAAACCCUGUGAUUAGACCACAGAACAAUAAAUAUGUGCCAUCAGACCAAGCAAAGGUAGAGAAAGGACCUGAGCUCCACUCGAUGCUAUUUACAGAGCACAUCCCUAAGGUUUUCAUAAAAGACCAUGAAGGAUGCCUAGGAUGGCACAGCCCCUGGGCCUGACUCCAACCUCCAGCCUUUGUCCUCGUCCUGGGCUCCUGCUGUCCAGCUUUGUAAACUGGGUGCAAGGGUUGUACAAGGAGAGUACAGCUCCCCUCCUCCCCGGUGUCAGGGCGCCUGUUGGGUUUGGUCCUGUGUAGAUGAUACCCAAGCAUUCCCAGAGUCUCAUUCAUCCAGCUCCUCUUCAGAUAGAAGGUCCCCAUGGUCAGACAGCUGGUCUGCAUUGCUGGUACUGGUCGCAUCAUCCUCAUCCUCAGAGCUGGCCUCACACGCAGUGUGGAAGAGCUGCAUGAGUUCUCGAAAACGGUGGGAAACCUGAGAGAGGAGGAGGGUGUAUUCACUGAGCCUGAGAAACAGGUUAACAUCUACGAAGCACU